GAACUUCCCCGAAAGCCUGUUUCUAAUUUUAUGGAAACCCUUUGAAAUUUGGCACAGUUUACACAAGUAUGUAGGAAAAAAAAAAAAAAAAAAAAAAAAGUCUGCCAGAGGUUUGGCCUCCAACUGUGAAAACAGACACUGCCUUCUCAAACUCCUCUCCUAGAUCCACUGACCAACACCCAGAAAAGAGAAUUUGCAUUCUUUUAGAAUACAGCAGGAAAAUGAAGACCCGGCUAAAAGUAAUAUUUGGCGUGGUUAUAUGCCUUUUGCUUUCCUUAUUACUUAUGUGUAUUAUACUGCUUCCAUCAAAAGUUGUCAACACAGAUGAUGAUCCUAGAGCUCUUACAUUGGAUGAUUAUUUAAAUGGAAACUUUCAAUAUAAGACAUUUUUUCCUUAUUGGGUGUCAGAUAAUGAAUAUCUUCAUCAGUCUGCAGAAGAUGAUAUUAUUCUUUACAACGUUGAACUGAACUACCUAACUACUAUCAUGACUAAUAGCACAAUGAAACAAGUUAAUGCUUCAAAUUAUGUGUUGUCAUCAGACAAAUACUUCAUGGCUCUGGAGAGCAAUUAUUCAAAGCUGUGGAGAUAUUCUUAUACAGCAUCAUACCACAUUUAUGAUCUCAUUUAUGGUGGUUUUGUAACAGAAAACCAGCUUCCACAUAAAAUUCAGUAUAUAUCCUGGUCACCCGUUGGACACAAAUUGGCAUAUGUUUAUCAGAAUAAUAUAUAUUUGAAACAAAGUCCAAGAGAGGCACCAAUUAAAUUAACUGGUGAUGGAAAAGAGAAUGAAAUAUUUAAUGGGAUUCCAGAUUGGGUCUAUGAAGAGGAAAUGCUAGCAACAAAAUAUGCAAUGUGGUGGUCUCCGAGUGGAAGGUAUUUAGCAUACGUACAAUUUAAUGAUUCCGACAUACCAGUUAUUGAAUAUUCAUAUUUUGGUGAGGACCAGUAUCCCAGAAAAAUAAUUAUCCCAUACCCAAAGGCUGGUGCUAAAAAUCCUACUGUUAAAGUGUUUAUUGUAGACACUACUAACACUGAAGCAUUUGGUCCUAAAGAGGUCCCAGUUCCUGCAGCAAUAGCAUCAAGUGAUCAUUAUUUUACUUGGCUUACUUGGGUAACAGAUAGUCGAGUCUGUGUGCAAUGGCUAAAGAGAAUCCAGAAUUUUUCAGUCUUAGCUAUUUGUGACUUCAAAGAACAUUCAAAUACUUGGGACUGUCCAGAGAGUCAACAGCACAUAGAAGAGAGUCAAACAGGAUGGGCAGGCGGAUUCUUUGUAUCUACACCAUAUUUUACAUCAGACAGCAGUUCAUACUACAAAAUUUUUAGUGACAAAAAUGGUUAUAAGCAUAUUCAUUACAUCAAUGGCUCUGUGGAGAAUGCAAUCCAAAUUACUAGUGGAGAAUGGGAAGCAAUAUACAUUUUCAGAGUAACAAAUGAUGCAAUUUUCUACUCAAGUAAUGAAUUUGAAGGCUAUCCAGGAAGAAGAAAUAUUUACAAACUCAGUAUUGGAAGUAAACCUAUCAGAAAACUGUGUAUUACUUGUAAUUUAAGGAAAGAGAGAUGCCAAUAUUAUACAGCAAGGUUCAGUGAACGUUCUAAGUAUUAUGCGUUGAUCUGUUAUGGUCCUGGGAUUCCUAUUUCCACUCUUUUUGAGAACCAGGGUGAUAGAGAGCUCAGAAUAUUAGAAGACAACUGGGAACUGCAGUCUUCUUUGCAAAAGAUCAAACUGCCGAAAGAAGAAAUUAACAAACUUGAAGUGGAUGGUAUAACUUUGUGGUACAAAAUGCUUCUGCCCCCACAAUUUGAUAGAUCCAAGAAGUACCCACUACUCAUUCAGGUGUAUGGAGGACCUUGCAGUCAGAAUGUAAAGGACACAUUUAGCAUUAGCUGGAUAACCUAUCUUGCAAGCAAAGAGGGAAUUAUUGUUGCCCUAGUGGAUGGCAGAGGGACAGCAUAUCGAGGUGACAAGAUUUUGCAUGCAGUAUAUCGAAGACUAGGAGUCUAUGAAGUUGAGGACCAAAUAUCAGCAGUGAAGAAAUUUAUAGAAAUGGGUUUUAUUGAUGAGAAACGAAUAGCAAUAUGGGGAUGGUCCUAUGGUGGAUACGUAACUUCUCUGGCACUUGGAUCUGGCAGUGGAGUAUUUAAAUGUGGAAUGGCUGUGGCUCCUGUUUCCAGCUGGGAAUAUUACGCAUCUAUCUACACAGAACGAUUUAUGGGUCUUCCUGUAGAGUCCGAUAAUCUUGAGCACUACAAGAAUUCAACUGUGAUGGCAAGAGCAAAGAAUUUCCAAAACGUGGAGUAUCUCCUCAUCCAUGGAACAGCAGAUGAUAAUGUACAUUUCCAGAACUCAGCACAAAUUGCAAAAGCUCUGGUUAACGCACAAGUGGAUUUCCAGGCAAUGUGGUAUACUGAUGAGAACCAUGGAAUUCCAGGCCUUUCCAGCAAACACCUCUACACACAUAUGACCCAUUUCCUCAAACAAUGUUUUUCUUUGUCAGAAUAGAUGAGCUCUUCAGAGCAUGCUAAGGCAUCUGAUACAUCUCUGGGAGAAUGCAAUGAUAACAGUGCCUGGGUUAUGUAGUUUUUAGGUGGAUUGAUAGCAGGAACUCUGAAGUUAAAAACUUGAUGUUUACAUCCAUUUUUUAUAUUGUAUAUUAGCAGAUGUUGUGCUAAUACAUGUUUUGGCACAUUUAACACCUGUUGGAUAGAAAAAAAUAAAAUCAGAAUGUAACAUGGUA